CAUUCCUUUCUCAGCCACGGUAAAAUCAAUUAAUCUACACAUUUAUUUCGUUUAAUUUGAUUUUGUUGUUCUUACUAGAUGGUUUACAGUCUCCCUGGUGUAGAGGUCUCAUGCAAUAAACCUACGAGAGUUAAGAUCUUCCUUGGAGGUGACGAGAGGCGCCAUAUCUUUCAUUGGGAAUUUACAGUCAAAUUCGGGAUAAGUGAAGUUGGCAAGCUACGUGAAAUUGAUCUCCUUCAUCGCUAUCAUGACUGCUAUCGAUUGACAAAGAUUAUUGGCUUUCUUAACAACGUCGAGAUUUUUUCAGAAGUUCCUAAAGAGCGAUGGUCGUACAGUCUUCCAAGUUGCAGUUGGAAUGACAAGAAAGAGGGCCAAAUGAAAGUUGUCGUAUUUGUCUCCUUUGAAACCACAGCGAGUAACCAGACCUUUACUCAGUGCCUUAGAUUUGACUUUGGCAAGAAGCCCUUUUUAUUGAAAGGAUUAAAUGUGGACGUAGCAAGUGAGGAGGCCUUGGACACGCUCUCAGCCUUGCGACAAGAACUGAAAUUGCAUUCCUCUGUAUGGAGAGAGGGGUCAACGGACAUUGUUCCAUGGCCAGAGACCGCCGACAUGGGCAGUCAAGAUCUACUGAAGGAGUACAAACUGCCUGAGAGGAUCGAGAAUGUAGUUUCAGCGCAGAUAAUCGACGGAAACAUGACAGUGGACAACUAUAAAAGAGUGAUGCAUCAACUGUUGUUUACUGAGGAGCUCUUCAUGAAAAAGGCAAUUUCAAGCUUCGUCCUUCAGAAUGUCCGGUUAGAUUGUCAGCAGAGUAUCAGUGAUGAUUGGUCUGGAGCGGUUUAUGCUGGAAUUGGCGAGUUGUUUGGAAUUGUUCAAUUCCACGAAAAUGAAUCCCUCCAACCAGAUGAUGCAGCAGGUAGACUUCUCAUCAGAAAAGUAAAUUCUGCUUGGAUAAAGAUGGCCCGUAGCAGUUCGCAAAAGGCUUAUGAGGCUCUCCUUCAGAAGGUUGAGAACGAGUGCGUCGCCCUUAAGCUUUCUUCACAGAUGUGUGCAGACCUGAACGUGUCUGACGGUGGCCAGAUUUAUGUGGAUGUACAGUUUCAGCUCAAUCGAAAGCCUCUUUGCGACUGGCAUGCUGCAAUCGACAGAUUGGGGCCUAUCCAACUAUGUUUGUUGUUUCCCACACCGGAUGCACCGCAAAUAAAGCAUGAGGAGAGACGCCCCUGGAACUGGCUGCCUUUGGACUGCAAACUAAACACCAACCAAAGAGAGGUCAUUAAACGCAUUUUAUCGCCUGGGGACACUUCCUCGCCACUGGUGGUAUUUGGUCCUUUUGGAACAGGCAAGACAUUCACUUUGAAUCAGGCAAUCCGUCACCUGGUAACGAAGAAACACAACCGCAUCCUGUUAUGCACGCAGACGAACAGCGCAGCGGACAUACACGUGACACUACUACAUGAUUAUCUAACGGAAGAAAAAGGACUAAAGGCCACCAGACCACUAAGGAUUUACCAAACAAACAGGAGAUUAAAUACUGAUCCAGAGGUUGCAAAAAUGUAUGGCUUAAUAGCAAACAACGCUUAUGUUCUCCCCACGAGAGAUGAUGUCAUUCGACAUCGUGUUGUGAUCACCACUUUAGCUAUGUCUAAGCAUCUGAUCGAACUGCAACUGAACCAUGGCUUCUUCACACACAUUCUGGUAGACGAGGCUGCCCAAGCCCUGGAGCCUGAGGCAUUAAUACCAUUGGCUUUAGCUGGGCCGAAUACGAAGGUUGUGUUUACAGGAGACCAUAUGCAGAUGGGCCCAGAGGUUUACUCGCAUUAUGCACGAGACUGGGGUCUUCAAAGGUCGCUUCCUGAGAGGCUGUUUGAUCAUUACUGUGAAAAAAAGGAAUCGGAUGGCAGCUUGAUUUUCUUGACAGAAAACUAUCGGAGUCAUCCCGACAUCCUGCAAUUUCCCUCUGAUAAUUUCUACGGAAAAGAGUUGAUUGCCCGCAGUGAACAGGCCUCGCACCCAAGGCUUGGACCACUGUCAUUCUUUUCAGUCCAUGGAGUUGAGGAAGCGAGAGAAAACUCCUACAUUAAUGCGGCAGAAGUUGAAGAGAUUGUGAAGAGAGUCGAGUUGCUUGCCGGUGACUGGCCAAGGGAGUGGAAAGAAGAUCUUUCUCAGAUUGGCGUAAUAUCCGCUUACAUGACUCAGAUUCGGGCUAUUCGAAAACAACUCAGAGACAAGGGACUAGAAAAUGUAACAGUGGAGACAAUUCACAACGUGCAAGGAAAAGAGUUUCGUGCAUUAUUUAUCAGCACUGUCCGCACAUCUCUAACCUGCCACAGUUUUGACAGACGUCAAAGUGAAUCUCAGUCACUCUACUGGGAAUUCUUGUCAGACCCCAAGCUCUUGAAUACCGCAAUAACUAGGGCGAUGUCCUUGGUAGCAGUUGUUGGGGAUCCCGUCUCGUUGUGUACUGCUGGUUACUGUAGGGGGAACUGGAGAGACUACAUCAGAAGGUGCCACGAACACGGAGCUUUGCAUGGAGCAUCGUACGAAGAGAUAAAAAAGAAAAUAGACGCCCCUCUCGCCAAAAUCGCUUUAAAUCCAGAAGCAAACGAAUUUGUUCCGCAAUCAAUGUACGUCAGCAGCAAAGAGCUCAAAUCCUUGGAGUUGGCUUCUCAACGAGAAAUAUCCGAUAGUCAAAUCUCAAGCUCUGACGAGAAGGGUGACUUGGAAGUUGACAAAUAUGAUAAGAGAGCAGCGUCUGAAAUCCAAGACAAGCGUAACAUCCCAACGGAAACGAACGGGUCAGGAAUAGAACGAGGUGACGAAGAAGAUGUGACGCAAGGAGAACCCAUGGCGGAAGAAGAAGAGCAAGAGUACGAAGCAACUCAAUUCUCAUCAGAUUCUCCAAAGAAUGAGUUUAAUUCUGUAAGAUCUGAAAUAUCAGGAGAUCAGCACCAAGUCGAUCUUGCUUUUCAAGAGGACCCUCAAAGAAAAAUUCAGUCCCAAGAAGAAGAAGAUGACGUCGAGCAGAGUGCUUCAGACAGUUUUGAAGAAUUCCUUCGGGAAAGUUUUGAAGACGAGACUGUUUUCCCGAGAUGCUUUGAUAACAUAAUCAAGGCAUUCGUGGAUAAGUGUAAAGCGACGAAGGAAAAAGAAGCCCAACUUAAUGUAUCACCAGAAAAUGCGGCGGCGUUCCCCUCACUACACACAGCUGCAAAAUUAAGCAACAAAAAGUCAAAAAAUGGCAAACUUUCAGGCAAACAAGCUUCUCAAGAAAAGUCAAGUUCAUUCCUCUAUUCUUCAGAAGAUUACGAAAUCUGCCUGGUCAACGGUCGCGCGGUAGUGCGACUUGUAAAUCUUGGAUUUCACCAGACGCCCGCUGUCCAACACCAGAAGCUACUCACCGCAUCCACAAGGCAGGAGGAUUUUCUUGAAACACAGCUUUUGCAGCAAUUGUUAGAAGAAAAGCCUAAGAAGUAUGUCCCUUGCACACUUCGUCUUAACUCCGAGAGUACGCGUACGGCGUAUGCGGAAGUUUCGGAUACAAAGACUCCAGACAUCAAAAUCAGAGGAAGAGUCCGGGGAGCGUUCGACAUGGAUCACGUGGUUGUCGAAAAAACAGAUUACCAGCCUUCUCCGUGUGAUGGAGUUCCUCCGUACCAAGGAAUAAUUGCUGGUGUACUGCAUCAUAUCAUUAGGCCACACGAGCGUCACUACGUGUGCAAGAUGGAUUACGAAAACCCUCGAGUAAUGAUUCCAAUCAACAAGUCCGUCUCCAAAAUAGUGUAUCUGACUGACAAGAAGUUGAAAGGCUUACCUCUUUUAAAUAUUUACAAGGAAAUACAUCUUGGAAGUGAAACACCGUUCAAAGUCGAUGAGUUUGACUUCACAGAAGCUCUAAGUGGAAAGUUUUUGUUUCUAGUCCAGUACCUACAGUGGAGGUCAGAUUGCCCCUACCCUUUGGGAAUCGUUAUAAAGAAGCUACCUCAAGGGGAUACUUUGUCUGGCAGCAUGAGAAUUUUAUUCGCAGAACAUGGAGUGAGAGAUAGGUUUAGCAAGGAGAGUAAAGCAGAAGUUCAAACAAAGUUCCCACCAGAAUGGUUAAUACCAGCCGAGGAAUAUGGAAUUCGCCAGAAAAUUAAUGGUGCGUUCACGAUUGAUCCCGACAACUCCAAGGAUCUGGAUGAUGCACUUACAGUGGAACAGCUCCCAGAUUCUGUAAACCGGGUCGGAGUUCAUAUUGCUGACGUGAGUUAUUUUGUGGAACCAGGGACCCAGUUGGAUAAAGACGCCAUGUUCCGCUGCAGGUCCUACUAUCCAGGUCACGGCUACCGGAGCGUACCUAUGCUGCCACGUGAACUCAGUGAAAAUCACUGCAGCCUUCUUCCUGGUAAAGAUCGGUUGUGCGUAUCAGUGUUUCUUGACGUGUCAGAGAAAGGACUGCUUGUUGGCCAACCAGAAAUAAGACGCACCAUUGUCAGGUCUUCUUGUCAGCUCACUUACCCUGAAGCCCAAAAAGUUAUCGAUAGUCAAGAUGCUUCACAGCUUCAGAUACCACAGAUUGUUAAAGGCAAUAUUCGAACCCUGAGUGCCCUUGCCCAAAGGAGAAGGAAGUUGAGACUGCGAGAUGCUAGUUUUGAUCAUUGGUCAAACAGUGAUGAUGGUGAAAAUUUUGAAGCCCAUGAAUUAGUGGAGGAAAUGAUGCUUCUUGCCAAUGAGGAAAUAGCCAAAUUUCUCUCUAGUUCUCAGCAAAUCCAACAGAGGACCCCAUUACGAACCCAGCUGCCACCUAAAGAUCACAAAUUGGAUGACUGGGUUAGACAACACGGACAGUUUAUCAAGUAUUCUUUGUUUCUGCGUGGCUUUUAUUCAGAAGAAAACCUUAGGAAAAUGGCAAAUAAAGCGAGCGUUUCAGAAGCCUCAGAACGAUUUAAAGUGCAAGAAUCAGUCUGGUCCGAGCUCUGUAAUGCUGUGGAGACCGGAGACCAAGCCAUGCUACACAAAUUGAUUUGUAACGAGAGCAGUCAUCCUCAGCUGGCCGUGACAAAUUCACAGUUUCGGCGAAUUCAGCCCAAGUCUCAGUACGUCUGCAAAAGUGAUCAACCAGAGGAAAACAUUGUGCACUUCUCUCUGGGGAUGGGUUGUUAUACGCAAUUCACUUCACCCAUACGACGUUACAUAGAUAUCCAAGUACAUCGACUCGUGUUGGAUUUAAUCCAACACCCGGGCUCCAACGCAAAGAUAUCUUCGAAGGACCAAAUUGCUGAAGUUUGCCGCCGCUCCACUUUUGCUCAAGACAACUCCAAGAAGUUUGAAAAGGCAAGCAGUAAAGUACAUCUGGCUGCAAAGCUAAAGGAGAAAAGCCACGAAACCACAGCAGUGAUUUCCUUGAUCGACACUGAUAAAGAAAUUAGUUUAGAAAUUCUGGACCGUGAAUAUAACCAUCUCUCAACGCGACAAAGAAAGGUGAAGCUGAGCAAUCUUAACCCGUUCGAUGUCGAACUUGCUCCGGAUGGCUUAGAGAUUAUUUGGAGGCUAAGAUUAUACAUAGCUCCAGAAGGAAACAUCAUCGAGGAACCCAAGAAGGAAAGGGAGAAAAUCGCAUUGCUUUUAUCUCAAGGAAUGGUGAGGAAUAGGAAAGUUCUGAACUUGCCAACAGAUAAUUGGCUGAAAAUUCUGAAAGCAUUUCAAGAGGGAGACUACGAAAAGCUUAAAACGAUGAUUAGACAAACUGAGAGAGUUCGUCAAUUAGCUUCACGGGUACCUGAAUCGAUCCGGCCCGGCAAACCGCAUAAGUCAUCUGAAGACGAAAAAGCUGGCACAAAUCUGGAACACUUCUACGAGAAAAAAUUAUCCCUCAGGAAGUUUGACAUCGCAAACAUUCAAUUGACCGCACAUAUGACACAUGGCGUUUUUCACCCCGAAAUUCAGUUAUUCAAGAUCAACCCCAGUGUAAACAUUUGCGUUGAGCAUCGCAAGUAUCCUAGGGAGUGUUUUGCAACGACAGCAAGAUACCAAGCAUCACGGAAGACGUACGCCAGUGUGGACAAGUACAUUGAAGCCUGGGAACCCGUUCUUGCUAUGGAAGCCGCUACCACGGCCGUCGAAGAAAGCGACGAGUUCACCAUGCAUCAUUUGAAGAUUAAGUGGAAAAAGGAUAUCAGUGGAAGCCUGGAAGGCUCUUUUAGCCUCCGAAACGAAUACUGCUCAAGUCGUCAAAUGCAAUUUCAUGCUGGAGAUUUUGUUUGCGUACGUGUGCGGGAAGACAGUUACAUGAAGAAAACGGGCUCAGAAAACAAUUUUGCUUCCCUUGAAAAGACCAAAACAGAGGGAGAGACAAAUCUUUUGAAUGAAGACCAAUUCAGCGUCACUAAAUCGGCCUCUCUCUCGUCCAUUGGAGGAAAACCCCGUCAUGAAUCCAGUUGUGCUUCAGAAAGUUUCUGGGUGGGGCACUGCAUCAUCAAUCAGGACUACAGUAAAGAGCUGUCAGACAAAGUUACUUUGAAAGUUGUCACGAUGGAUCUUCAUCAGUCAGCAUCAGAUUUUCCCGAUGAGCUACUGAAUGGAGCUGACCACCUGAGUACCUUAACUGUUAUUCACCGUUCACUUCCCCACAGGCGGAUGUUUGCAGUUUUGCGCUCUCUACCAAGUGCAUCACAACUGGCUCAUUCCAUUUGUAUGGGACAUGAGCCAAACCAAGAAGACUUCGGGCCCCCACCGUCUUCGCACCUGUCAAUUGUGAGGGAGCAUCCCAACUGUGGGUUUAAGCCCUUAAAUCAGUAUCAGAAAGAAGCAGUGAAAGAGGCGCUUGGGAAGCCUUUCACCCUCGUUCAGGGUCCUCCAGGUACUGGUAAGACUGUGACAGGUGUCCACAUAGCCUACUGGUUUGUGAAACGACAUAUGCAGCAGCGACAGGACGGUUUCGAUAUCGUUCUGCCAGACAGUGACGACCAGCCUAAAGGACCUCCACAAGUAAUUUACUGUGGACCCUCCAACAAGUCAGUGGACGUGGUAGCUAAAUACAUGCUAAAAAUUCCUGACCUCAAGAUCAUCCGUGUGUAUGGCGACCGUAGAGAACAAGCGGAGUUUCCAAUUCCCAACAAACGCCAACCACUAAGAAAUUCAACGGACGAUGACAGCCAAAUUUCAAAUGAGGAUAAUGAACUGAGAGCAGUAUCACUUCAUCAUGUCAUUCGAAGGGCUCCCUGUCCGUUUGCCACCGAGCUUGGAGAGUAUGAGCGCAAAUUUGAUGAAGAUAGGAAGAACGAUCUCAGGACCAGUGACAAAGAAGUGGAAGAAUACCGCGAACUCAUCAGACAGGCCGAAAAAUGGGUUCUUCAAGAGUCUGGAGUCCAGAUCAUCCUUUGCACAUGCGCAGCAUCGGGAAAACCCAGGUUAACCAGAUCCUGUGGCAAUAUCCAGCAAUGCAUUGUGGAUGAAUGUGGCAUGUGCAUGGAACUUGAAUCCCUCGUGCCAAUUACAUGUACAAAAGCGCGACAAGUGGUUUUGAUUGGUGACCAUAAGCAGUUGCAGCCGAUAAUUCAGGACAACUUGGCAAUGACACUUGGCUUGAGUGUGUCUAUGUUUGAGAGGCUUUCUGAGCGAGCUAAGAUGCUGGAGCUUCAGUACAGAAUGCAAGAAGAAAUCUGCAAAUUUCCCUCAAAAUACUUUUAUGAAGGAAAGUUAAAAACAGAUCGUUCGGUGCCGACCUUAGAUCCUCAUUUGCAGUCAUUUUGGCCUGCUUGGAGUUCAGGAAAAAAUGUUCCAAUGGCAUUUUGCCAUGUUGAGGGAGAAGAGGAAAGCAGUUCCAUCAAGACGGCACAUAGUAAUGAACAGUCAAAAGCAAAUGAGAAGGAAGUCAGGAAAGUGAUGCAUGUGGCGACAUCCUUAGUCUACAAACACAACGUGGAUGCGUCAAAAGUCGUGAUCUUGUCACCGUACAGAGAACAGCGAAGCAAGAUCAACGAGUCUUUAAAAAACGUCUAUAGGUGUAAAGAUAUCCCAGUCACAACCAUCGUAAAAAGCCAGGGAAGUGAAUGGGAUUACGUCAUCUUAUCUUUGGUGCGCUCCCUGGGUAAGGACGAAAUCGACCCUGAGCCUUCACUUUACUGGCUCCGGGAGCAUUUGGGUUUCUUAACGGAUGAACAUCAAAUGAAUGUGGGGCUUACUCGAGCUCGAAAAGGACUCUGUAUAAUCGGUAACAAGAACCUACUGCAGCAUCAUCCUAUGUGGAAGAAGUUGCUAAACUUCUAUGAAGAAAAUCAUUGUCUGGUAGAUGAAUCUGAAUGGCCCAGAAACUGAAACUGAAAUUGCCAGAUCACCAUACGCAUGAUCUAUACAAUUUCCAUAAAAUUAGUCAAGGUGGUUCUGUCUGUUAAAGUGAUUAUGGCAUUAUAUAGAAAUGCCGAAGAUAAAGUCAACGCAGGUGGGCAAAUGCAAACAGAAAUAA